GACUGAUCAUAUGAUAGAAGGACAAAAAUUAUAAAAAAUUCAUGUGGAGAGAAUGACAGGUUAAUUAAGGGAAACGAAAGCUUAAAAACUUAAUCCCACCACAGUUUUAGUCUUCAACAAUCUCCAGCUUCAUCAUCAUCAUCAUCAUCUACAUAUAUUAUUCGUCUUUUACACGUAACAUGCAACAGCUAUGAAGAUGGAGAAAGAUCAGAAGAAGCUAGUUUUUGGUGCCACUCCAUUCAUUUUACUACUUUCCUUGCCUUUGCUCUGUGUUGGUGUCGAUUUCGUCUGGGGGAAUAGAAUUUCCUUGGAUCAAUGGAUGCAGUAUUUUUCCAGCUCAGAAUCUGGCGGAAAGACUGUGGAAGACAAGGAAUUCAUCAAUUUCCAUUUGGCAAGACUAGUGCGAGGGGAGGACAGGAGGAAGCUUGACGACACAGGCUUCGCCUGCGAUAAGGCCAUCCACUCCAUCCACUGCGUAUCAACUAAACCCGUGAGAAUCGACACCAGAAAUAUGACAGUCUACAUACCGUCCGAUGCGGACUGGCAGCAGGAGACGGCGAUCCGACCCUACGCUCGGCAGGAAGAUGAGCUCAAACAAAUCUCGGCCGUCCGCAUGAUUCAGUACAGCAACACCACGGAUCCGCCGCCGUGCGAGUUCAGUCACCACGUCCCCGCCGUGGUGUUCUCCUCCGGCAGCACGGGCAACGUGUUCCACGAAAUGAACGAGAUCAUCAUCCCCCUCUACAUCACCACCAAGCAGUUCCAGUCGCGCGUGGUGUUCGUGAUAGAGGACUACAAGCCCUCCUUCAUCGCCAAAUACGGCGCUGUCCUAGCUCAUCUGUCGGCUCACGAGGCCAUGAAUCCGGCUGCCAACGCCACCGUCCACUGCUUCCCGGCUUCAAUAGUCGGGCUGAAAUAUCACGACAAUCUGGCGCUGAAUUCCAGCGACAUCCCUGGAGGGUACGGGAUGCCCGAAUUCAGGCACUUUCUCCGUGGCGCCUUGGGCCUGAGGUUCGCGCACGUGUCGCAGAUAGCUAGGCCGAGGUUGCUGCUUCUGUCACGUACCAAUACGAGGAGGUUUCUCAACGAAGACGAAAUGAUCGGCGUGAUCAAGGACGUAGGGUUUCAGGUGAUGGUGGUGAGAAGAUCAAAACUGGCGUCGAACGUCAACAAAUUCUCGCAGCUGAUAAACUCGUGCAGCGUGCUACUCGGCGCCCACGGCGCGGGCCUCACCAACGAGAUAUUCCUGCCCACGGGCGCCGUCAUGAUCCAAGUAGAACUACUCGGCACGGGGUGGGCUUCCAACACUUACUACGGCGACACUGCGCGUGCAAUGGGCGUGCGCUACUUGCGCUACAAGAUUGAAGGCGAUGAGAGUUCGCUAGCCAAACUAUACGGCCGCAACAGUUCAGUCGUUACUGAUCCGGGAUCGGUGUACAGAGAAGGCGGUUACAUAGCUGCAAGAACUAUGUUUCUUGAUCAGCAGAAUGUAAGACUCAAUCUUGCUCGAUUCAGGGAGACCAUCGUCGAAGCGCUUAGUGUUGUUACGGAUUGGCCAGCUAGAUAGCAUUGAGUUUGUCUGUGUACAUACAAGGAUCGUAUCGCCCCAACAAAUUCAGCGCACAUUUUGUUUCCAUUUCUUAUAAUUUUCUGAUUUCAUCAAAACUGUAAGCUAAAUGAGAGAUUGAUUUGUUUACACUCUGAAUUAGGAGUAUGUUCAAUAAAAUUUUAAGUGUUAUACAAA